AUGCCGCAGGCGUGCAGUCCCCCGGGGUCCCGGGGCACAGCGCUGCUGGCCCUGUCGCUGGCGCUGGCAGGGUCCCUGGGCGGCGGGCAGCACUACGAUUACUAUGGGUGGCAGCCCGAGAGCCUGCCCCACGGGCGGUUCUACGGGCGGGAGCCGCAGUGCCUCGACAUCCCGCCCGACAUGCAGCUCUGCCGCGACGUGGGCUACAAGCGCAUGCGGCUGCCCAACCUGCUGGAGCACGAGACCAUGGCCGAAGCCAAGCAGCAGGCUGGCAGCUGGGUGCCCCUGCUCGCCAAGCAGUGCCAUACUGACACCCAGCUCUUUCUCUGCUCCCUCUUCGCCCCUGUCUGCCUCGACCGGCCCGUCUACCCCUGCCGUUCCCUCUGUGAGGUGGUACGUGACUCCUGUGCCCCUGUCAUGGAGUCCUACGGCUUCCCCUGGCCUGAGAUGCUGCACUGUGGCAAGUUCCCCUCUGACCACGAGCUCUGCAUCGCCGUCCAGUUCGGGAACAGCAAAGCCACGCCGCCACCAGUGUCCAAGAUCUGCACCCAGUGUGAGAUGGAGCACAAGGCGGAUGGCAUGAUGGAGCAGAUGUGCUCCAGUGACUUUGUGGUGAAAAUGCGCAUCAAGGAGAUGACAGAGGAGAACGGGGAGCGGAGGCUGGUGGCUGCCCAGAAGAAAAAGGUGCUGAAACUGGGCCCCCUGAAGCGCAAGGACACCAAGAAGAUGGUGCUGCACAUGAGGAAUGUGGGUACCUGCCCCUGCCCCCAGCUUGACAGCCUCAGUGGCAGCUUCCUGGUCAUGGGCCGCAAGGUGGGUGGCCGCCUGCUCCUCCUGGCAAUCUACCCCUGGCAGAAGCACAACAAGGAGAUGAAAUUUGCAGUCAAGUUCAUGUUCUCCUACCCUUGCCCACUCUACCAUCCUCUCCUCUAUGGGGCUGGGCAGCACUAGGGCUUUGCCCACCCUGCCCUUCCCCAGAAUUCCUGCACUGGCCCAAUAUCCCACCCCAACCUCCCUGGCUGCACCCCAGGACUUCAGCCCCUUGGCUGUACCCCAUAACCCAGCACUGCACCUGCAGGAUUCCCUCUUGUGUUUGUGGGAACCCUGAUCCACAGCCAGGGCCCCUGCCUCCUCCUGAGAGCCCUGCUUUGCACCCCUGGGACGCCUGUUCUGUUCCAAGGACUCCCACCCCUGCCCAGGAGCUUAGUCUGGACCCAGGACCCUUGUUCUGCAUGUUUGUGAGCCCUGGUCUGCACCAGAGACCCUUGUCUACUCCCAGGUUCCCCACCCAGAAGCCCAGAGACUCUUGCUUUCAUUUAGGAUCCCUGCUUGGCUCUCUUGGCUACACCUUGGACCCUUACCCCUACCCUGGGCAAAGGACCCAUGUCCUUUGCCCAGCUCCACCAAUCCCUAUUCCAGCCCACCAAAACAUCCCAUGCCCCCACCUGGAGCUCACAUCCAGCCCUGGAUUGUCUCACCUUCACAGAGACCCAGCCCAGGAGGGUGCCCUUUUGCCCCUCUGUUCCCACAGACUGACCUCUCAAGACCAAGUGCCCAGAGCAGCACAAGUCCUUCCUGGGCUCCCCCACUCCACAUACCACAUGGCUCAGUGUGUGAGGGGAUUCCACCUCCAAAUGCCCCAGACCAUCCCUGCUGCAUCCUUUGCACACACCCCUGCUGUG